AUGACCAGUAACGCCCACAUCGUGCCGUCCACGGACCCCAAGGUCUACGAUGAGUACAAGACAAGAUGGUCAGAGCUUCCCACCGACGAAACCAGUUGGUUGCAGCGAGCCAAAGAGGUUGCGUCUGUUCUCGCUCAAGAUGCUGCGUUACGUGAGAGAGAGAACAAGUCGCCUCGGGCGGAGAUCGCACUUCUCAAGCAUUCUGCACUCUUGAAGGUCCUAGGCUGGAAGAAGUACGGUGGUGGCGAGCAGCCAUGGAGUGUUGGCUACAAGGUCAUUCGUGAGGUUGCUAAAGGAGAUGGUUCAAUUGGAAUGCUCCUGGGUUACCACUUGCUCUGGUCAACUACCGCAAACGUCAUUGGAAGCUCGGAGCAAGCAGACCGCUUUCAAAAUCUGAUUAUCUCAAACAAUUACUUUGUUGGAGGAGCAGUGAAUCCCCGUGACAGUGAUCACAAAAUCAUCUCGGACGGCGACAAAGUUGUCUUCAACGGUUUUAAGAACUUCAACACGGGUGGAGUCAUCUCCGAUUUGACGGUGCUUGAAGGUGUGCUGGAAGGCACAGAAGACCACCUUUACGCCAUUGUAAAGACGGACCAACCAGGAAUCAUAUUUUCUCACAACUGGGACAAUGUAGGAUUACGCCUCAGCGAAUCUGGAAGCGUCAAGAUUGAAAACGUCACUGCGCCUUGGGCUGACGCCCUGGGGUGGAACGCUAACGAAAAGAAGCCAGAUCCGUCGAUUCUGAACAUCCCAUUUGCUACUUUGCUUCUACCAACUACCUACUGUAUUCUGAUGAUAUGGAACAGGAUUCAAUUAGUAUUCAGCAACUUCUACAUCGGCAUUGCCUGGGGUUCCUUAGACUUUGCAUCGGCUUAUACCCGGAAGAACACUCGUGCCUGGCCUUUCGGCGGCGAUAACAAGGAAAAGGCAGAGGAUGAGUUCUACAUCCUUUCCACCUACGGCAAUUUCCUCGCCCAUCUCCGCGCUGCCGAUGCACUGGCCGACAAGGCAGGUCUUGAAAUCGACAAGCUGUACAAAAGCUCUGGAGACACAUCAGAAAGAGCCAAGGUCACUGCACAGGCUAGAGGAGAGGCAGCUGAGUGGGUUGCUAGCGUCAAGGUCACUGCAACUGAUACAGGCUUGCGGGUGACAUCAGGUGUGUUUGAAGUCACCGGAGCUAAGGCUACCGCGACCAAAGUUGGACUAGACAGAUUCUGGAGGGACAUCAGGACACAUAGUUUACAUGAUCCGGUGGCUUACAAAAACCGUGAGCUAGGAAGGUAUCAGCUGCUGGGUGAGAUUCCCGAGGCUACAUGGUACACCUAA